CCGGGUGUCAUACCGGGGCGGCCAGCAUCAACACGAGUCUUCGAUCAAUUGCUGAUUGGUGAAUUUGAGUCUUCUGAUGACAUGAUCGAUCCUUCGGAUGGCGGUGGUUUCCGAUGGUGGCGACAGCCCCGAAUCUCAUGGUUCGUGUAUAUGAUCAUCAUCUUCAUCAGUUUUGUCUCUAUCGUGGUUCACUUCACUCGAGAUCGGCGCGAGUCCCGCUAUAGCGUCGUGUUCGAAGCUAGGGAAAACAGUACGCGAGUACAGCUCUUCCGACUGGACUGGAGAGAAGGCUAUUGGAAUCUGCUGGCCGAAGAGUACGGAUCCACCUCGCCGGGUCUACUCGACUACAUCGAUUCUCCGCGCGAGGGUGUCUAUAGCCUUAAAUUAUUAUUCGAGCAAGCCAUCAACGCGAUUCCCGAGUCUCAUCAGGCGGUGUCAACCGUUUCACUCGGAGUAACCGAGCUUUUCCACCACCUGCAGCGAGAGAACGAUCCUCGUAUCGAGCAAUUGUUCGGUAUGAUCUAUCGCUUGCUAUUCCGAGCUCGAUCGUCACCCUUCCAUAAAGCUCACUUGGUCUUCAUCAAUGAAACGCAAGAAGUGGCGUACACCUGGUCAGCGAUCUCCCUGUUGCGAAAUACCAGAGGGAAUCACAUCGCGGUUCUGAAUCUUGGUCGAUACCGAUGCCAGAUCUGCUUCGUCCCAGAAACCAUGAAUGCGACGACGGCUUUCGAUCGUUUCCGGAAACGAGUGGACCUUUACGUCGCAAAUUAUGAACGUCUCGGGAUAGAUAAUGCACGCACCGAGAUUCUCGGGAAGUCGCGACCAGGAACCUGCGAUUCCCACAGCGCACCAGGACCCAAAUUCAUGGAAUGUCUGGAAGCUGUAAAAAAUCACCUGGACGACGUGGGCGUUGAACCGAUGCCCGACCUGCGGAAGAAAACAAUCUACGUCCGGGGAUUCUUCUUCAACUUCGCCGUCUAUGCGAAUCUCAUCCAAGAGCACGAGAAUAGACAGACUAUCAAAGUCCUGUACAUCGGAUCGAGAGCUAGAGCUGCCUGCGAGGACCGCAGGAGAGGCGCUGCGAGCAUCUGUUUCGAAUUGACUUAUAUGUAUGCGCUAUUCACCCAGGGCUAUUCCUUGGAUGAUGAAGAUGAGCUCGUCUUCGUGAGACGGGUCGAAAUCGCGGAUGCCAGUUGGACUUUGGGCCUGGCGAUAUCUCACGUCUACGACUGAUUCCGGAACUUCGUUCGACGGCCCGGUCUGAGAUGUCGAUGAAAAAUGAAGUCUUGGACUCUCCCCAGAGGUGACAGGGUCGCAAAACGCGAAAUAGUGUCGUGCUUUCGACCGUCUCGAAGAACUGGAGGGGUAGGACUGCUGUCUUCGAGACGGGCUCAAUGGCUUUGCGUACUCGCAGCGAUGCGAUCCACGGGGAAAGAUGAAGAUCCGAAGAGCUGCCUCUCCUGUUUGACGAAUAAGGACCUUCGCUCCGAACAUCACAAUCAGAGAUUAAACAUUCCAAGAAA